AUGAUCGCUUUUGAUCCCAACAACAGAGAUGCUCGGAACCUCAUAGAAGCAGUCAGCAGUGGGGCCACCAUCUCUGUGAAAGUAGUCACCAGCAUUGCUGCUAACCUGAUUGCGUACCUCGCUUUGCUGGCCUUCAUCAACGCUGUCCUCUCCUGGCUGGGAAACAUGGUGGACAUCGACGGGCUCAGCUUCCAGCUCAUCUGUUCCUACAUCCUGCGGCCUGUGGCCUUCCUGAUGGGUGUGGCCUGGGAGGACUGCCCCGUGGUGGCUGAGCUGCUGGGGAUCAAGCUGUUUCUGAACAAGUUUGUGGCCUAUCAAGAACUCUCCAAGUACAAGCAGCUCCGCCUGGCAGGGGCUGAGGAGUGGGCUGGCACCAGGAAGCAGUGGAUCUCCGUGAGUGUCUCCGUCCCCUCCCUGCAGCCUGGCUCCCUGGGCCUGGAGGCGAGCUGGGGCUCUGCUCACCAGCUGCUCUCCCUCGCAGGGAUCCUCUAUGUGCCCAGGGGGUCCGAGGUCAACUGCAUGUCCCUGCUAAACACGACCCUCAGCAGCAGUAGCUUUGAGGUGUACCAGUGCUGCCGCGAGGCCUUCCAGAGCGUCGGCCUGGAGUUCGGCCCAGUGGCCCUGAGCAACUGUUGUCAGUUUUAUAGCCACGAGGUCUGUGCAUAGCGGGGACGGACGUCCUCGUGCCUUCUGAGGGCGGUUCUUCCCCAGGAGGCACCUGUCCCCAUCUUCCCCUCUCCAGGCCCCUCCUCAGGGAAGCCGCAGGGCCUAGACCCUCAUUCCCACAGUUGGGACUGAAAGCAGCCCCCUCGCUGAAGUGACAGGAAAGUCCCGAUCCCGCCACUUCCUAACAGCAUGCAGAUCGGUCACGAGCUGUCUCCCUGCUGUCUCUGCCUGGCUGGCGGGCGCCCUGCAGGGCCGCUGUGCUCACAGACACCUGAAGGAGCCCAGCGGACAAAAAGGGAGCGCAGAGCUUUCUCUUUGUGUCGCCUGAAUCUGCUUUUAGAAUUUGUGUGACAGCCUCCAGGUGUUCCUGGGAAGCCCCUGCAGCGACAGCAGGGGGCAAGCUCCAGGCCUCAGUUUCCUGCCCCAAACCGUAUCUCGGGCAAAGUCACAUCCGCUGGGAUGAGGCUGACUACGUCUCAGAGAAAACCGCGUCUCCAGGAGCAGAAAGAGCAGGAAAGACGGACAAGUGACCUUGCAGCCUCCUGCUAAUUACUCCACAGCCGCUUCUGUUCUAACUGACGGCAGUCACUCGUUUUUUUCUUUAUCUUCUCCCCGUAAAAUCGGCAGGCCACUUGGCCUCGCUGCGAUGCCCCUUCUCUUUCUUUGGGACGAAACACCGUCUCCCUGUUCUCCCCGCCUUCCCUCUCUCUUUCUCUCUCUCACUCUCUCCCCUCCAAGAUGAAAUAAACUUUUUACUUUUAUACAUCCAAAUGCCGGUGUGAGAAACCUUUCUCCACCCGCACCGGGAGCACCUACGAGGCUCUCCGCCCCAGGGCGGGGUGAUGGCAUCAGCGGGGACUUCAGUA